AUGAAGUUAAAAGAUUUGAAAAUAGAAUUGUCAAAAAUAAAAAAUUUUAAAAAUGCGAAGAUAAAAUUAGAACAAUACAUUACCCCACACGAUUUGGCUGCUCAUAUUGUGUAUGCGAUUCAUACAUUGCAUAACGAUCUUGAGGAUAAAAGAAUAUUAGAUUUGUGUUGUGGCACUGGUAUGCUUUCUGCAGCUGUAAGUUUUUUUAAUCCAAGUACAAUUGUAGGUGUUGAUAUAGAUUACGAAGCCAUAAAAAUAUAUAAAGAAAAUUUGGACCACCUUAAUAAUGUUGAUAUUGUUAAAGCAGAUUUUAAUAAUCUCGAAUUUAGAUCAGGAUUUUUUGAUACUGUAAUUAUGAAUCCGCCAUUUGGUACAAAAAUAAAACAUCAGGACAUAAAUGCACUAAAUAAAGCACUAUCUUUGGGCAAGGUAGUGUAUUCUUUACACAAAAAAAGCACAAGAGAUUUUUUGUUAAAAAAAUACAAAGGCUCUAAGGUCAUUGCAGAAAUGAAAUAUGAUCUUCCUAAAUCUUAUAAUUUUCAUAGGAAAAAAUUUAAAACAAUUGAAGUGGACUUUAUUCGAUUUGUAUAA